CCCUGGACACUCCCUCAUGCAGGCAGGACAUCUGUGGCAGGACAGAGGCCACUGCUGUUCCCAGGGAGGGCCAGGGCUGACCCCUGAGGCAGGCCAGCUGGGCACGCUUGGGCACAUUCCAGGGCUGGCUGUAAUCUCUGUGGCAGGCCCAGCCAGGCCUGGUGUUCUCUCAUGGGGCCUGAGGGCAGGACCAAGUGCUUGUGCUAUAACCCAGAGCUGGGCCACUGGGCAGCCAGCAAUGACCUUGGGCAAGACCAGCGUGGAUGUCCCUGUCAGUGCUCCUGUGUCCUACACCAGGACCAUGUGGACGGGCAGAUCCUGGGCCAGCUAAGCCCCCUGACAGAGCAGGAUGAGGAGGAGGGCACAGGGGCCACAUCGCCUGCAGAGCCUGCCUUCCCUGGGAUGGGCUCUGAGGAGCUGCGGCUGGCCUCCUUCUACAACUGGCCACUGGCCACUGGGGUUCAGCCCGAGCUACUGGCUGCUGCUGGCUUCUUUCACACAGGCCAGCAGGACAAGGUGAGGUGCUUCUUCUGCUACGGUGGGCUACAGAGCUGGGAGCACGGGGACGACCCCUGGACUGAGCACGCCAAGUGGUUUCCCAGGUGCCAGUUCCUGCUCCAGUCCAAAGGAAGGGGCUUUGUCCACAGCGUCCAAGAAGCCUAUUCCCCACUGCUCAGCUCCUGGGACCGAUGGGAAGAACCAGAAGAUGCAGCCCCUGCUUCCCCCACAGAUGCCAGGGGCAGGCAGGAGUGGUCAGCAUGGGAGCAGGACCCAGAUGUUCCCAUCAGCACAUCUGCAUCACUGCUAGGGGCUGGCCUGCUUCAGGAAGAAGACAGGGACCAGGCGGAAACGGCCAGAGCCCCAGGAGCUGGGGAUGUGCAGGAGCAGCUGCGGCGGCUGCAGGAGGAGAGGAGGUGCAAGGUGUGCCUGGACCGCCCUGUGUCAGUUGUCUUCGUGCCAUGCGGCCACCUGGUCUGCGCAGAGUGCGCCCCCAGCCUGCAGCUGUGCCCCAUCUGCAGGGCGCCCAUCCGCAGCUGUGUGCGCACAUUCCUGUCCUAGGCCAGAUGCUGCAGCUGGCCAGGUGGGCCACUGGGUGGGAAUCCUGGCCUCAGCCUGUCCCAGACCACACAAGGUAUCUGCUGAGGACAGUGGAUACGUCAUCCACCAUGGCCCAGCCCUGACUCCUCGGCCACAGGCCAGUGUGGAGGAGGACGCCUGCUGGGCCUGGGAAUGGCUUUACUGGCGCUGCUUGUGUGUGUGUGUGUGUGUGUGUGUGUGUGUGUGUGUGUGUACGCGUGCGUGUUCCACUGCGGGUUGACCCCAUGGCCUUUGCACUUAGCUACACCCUCAGUCCUUUUAAAAAAUAUAUAUAUUUUUAAAUUUGGAGGCAGGGUCUUACUGAGUCACCCAGACUGGGCUUGAACUUGUGAUCCUCCCAGGCUGCCGGGAUUACAGGCAUGCACCACCCCGCCUGGCGGGUUUGGAUACUUGUGAAAAUAAAUAUGGUAAAGCGUUUCCUCGGA